GACAUGGUUGACAGCCAUGGGCGCUCCGAGCCUGGACUGGGAAUGUGAUCUACACCCUUUCCGCAUCAAGUCAUCAGGAACAACAGAUCAUGACAGCGCGGUGGUGGGCUGGCCGUGAUGCAACCAUUACGGCGGGACCGCCUUUCGUCCCUUACUCGCAUCUCAGCUGUACGGUAAUCAAUGUCCGAGAAUCAGGAUGCGCCUUUUUGCCGCAUCUGCUUUGUAGCGAAAGCGAAAGUCGCAAACGUCACACCAACGAAACGGAACCGGAAGGUCGAGCACGAACAUCCCAACACACAACACACAACACACAAAACACGUCCGCACGGCAGACCCCGACCCAAGACCAACAAAACAAGGCUGAGCUGUCGGUGUCUGACUUAUUACUUGGCUCGCUCCCGCCUCGCCUCGCCGCACGUCACCGACUUACUUACCUCGUUCUCCCGACCGACCUUAUAAUCCCGACUACGUCCUUUCCAUCCAAACUCCUACCUCUGUACUACCUCAUCACCGGCGUCCGCACUUCCUCCAACUCCUCCUCCUCCUCCUCUUCCAAGGAGGAACGAGAAGUCGACUUGCACGCGCAGUCCUGGAAACUGCCUUAUAGUAUCGACGAUAAGGAUCUGAUGUUUGAUGGCAAGCCGUUGAAUUUGCUGUAUGAGGAGAACAGAUACGCGGUGGAGCACAGGCAGGGAUCACGUGAGCAUAGAGGACGAAGUCGGCAGAAGAAGUGAGAGGGAUUGCAUGUGAAAGGGAUUUGGAUUGGGUUAUUUCUCCGGGUUGGGCAUCACGUCGAGGUCACCAGACUGUCGUGUCACAUGCGUGCAUCACGACCACGACCACCAGCAACAAGAGAAUAUGAGA